UCUGUACCUCCCUAGGGUUUAGAAAUUGGAUCAUCGAAUCCGUUGGUUUAUUUUAUGUUUUCAAAGGAGAGUUGUUUUCUGUCUGGGAAUGGUGAGAAUGAGUUGCUUUUCUCUAUUGCAUUUCAUUUGGGGACCUGCAGCUUAAGAGGUAUGGCUUCUGUUUUGCAACCAUUUCUGAUUCGUAAUCGAAGCUAAGGAUUUUUGGUUUUCCAUGUCAUUUCGUUUGCUCGCUUGCCAUUAUAUCUGUGAUGAACAGCGAGUGCGAAUUAGAUAGAAAGUCUGAUAUAGCUGCUGAUUUGCCUCGCUACGGGGUGGAACAUCCCGAUGUAAUUAGGGUUUCUGGAGCUACGCCUGGUGAGCAUUGCUACGCUGCUCGAAUUGAUGGAACCGAGUGUUUGACGAUGACGGCUGCUGGGUCGGAGGAUUCUAGGGUUCUCCCUGAGAACGUUGGUGGAGAAAUGGACGCCAAACCUGUAGCCAGGUUUCCAGAUGGGCGGGAGGUGGAGGAUUUAAAUUCAAAUGGUACACAUGUUGUUUCUUUAGCUGAACAUGUAGAGACAGAGAAGGUGAGAUGCGAAGAAGUUAGUGUAUUGAUGGAUGUCGAUUCGGAGUCUAGGGUUUCCGUUUUUCGAACUGAUGACUUGCCAUCGAGCAGGGAAAGCCCUGCUCUUGCCGUUCAAGACACGGGAACGGAGCAUGCGACAACGAGCUUGGAAGUGAUGAUACCUGGUAGUUCUUCCGGGGUAACGAGGAGAGAUGUAGAAGCCACCUUUAAACGGGCUGGCUCUGAUUUUGAUUCUUUAUACUCUAAGCUCGAUGAGAAUGCCGUCCAUGAGUUGCCAGAGGCACUGGGCGCAGAAACAGCUAGCGCCUUGAAAUAUGGAUUCAAAAUAGGGGACAUGGUGUGGGGAAAGGUCAAGUCUCAUCCGUGGUGGCCUGGGCACAUUUUCAGUGUAGCAUUCGCAUCUCCUUCUGUCCGUCGGACGAAGAGGGAGGGUCAUGUUUUGGUUGCUUUCUUUGGUGACAGCAGUUAUGGUUGGUUCGACCCAGCAGAGCUUAUUCCAUUUGAUCCUCAUUAUGCAGAGAAAUCGCGGCAGAUAAACUCUCGGAAUUUCUUGAAAGCUGUUGAAGAGGCUGUUGAUGAGGCCAGCCGGAGACGGGCUCUUGGUUUGGCCUGCCUCUGUUGGAACCCGUUUAAUUUCCGGCCUGCAAAUGUUCAGGAGUAUUUUUCUGUUGAUGUAGGCGGAUAUGAGCCUGGUGGAGUUUAUUCAGUGAAGCAAAUUGAAAUGGCAAGAGAUAGCUUCCACCCAGCUGAGAUGCUUUCUUUGGUUCUACAAAUGGCAUUGACACCUCGGAGUGAUGAGCAUAAGGGCAUUGAUCGGAUUAAGGAUAAUGCCACUAUUCUAGCUUACCGGAAGGCAGUGUUUGAGGAGUACGAUGAAACUUAUGCUCAGGCAUUUGGAGUACAAACAACACGGUCUCGUGAUUCAAUGGGGGUAUUAUAUCAACCUGAGAAAAUUCCAUCUCGAGCUCCUUUGAGUGGCCCUCUGGUGAUUGCUGAAGCUCUUGGUGAGAGGAAGAGCUCGACAAAGCCUAUAAAAGUUAAAGACCAAUCAAAGAAAGACAAAUACUUGUUGAAACGAAGAGAAGGACCAAAUGAUCUCAAGUCGCAUCACAUUAGCCAAGGACCUGUAGGUACAUCAGUACCAUCGAGUUCGAAGGAGGGAGUGGCAGCAUCAGCAGCUGGGGACUUUGUAUUGCAAAAAAGAGAAUCAAUGAAGCCUCAUACUCAGCGAAAAGUAGGAGCAGGAAUGAUCAGUGGGGUUAUUUCAGCUCCGAGUCAAGGAGCAGCUGAGCAAGAGGGGAUUCAAGCAGCAGACAAGAAACCAGUAGUGGCUCCUAAAAGCUCAGUUGAUUCGCCUGUGAACACAAGUCAGGUUACUGAAUUGACUGGUUCUCAGUUGCAGGCUGCACAGGAGGUUCAAGAACAUGGAAAACAACCUCUGGAUGAGGAUAUGUCUGGCUUGGAAGAGGUGAAAGGAAGAGUGAGUGUAGAUGUGGUGGGGGGUCCCGUUCAUUUAUCUAAUACAGGGGGGAUGUCAGAACACCAUGGUGCAGUACACCAUGAUUUUUGGCAGGGAGGUGAAGCAAUGGUUGAUGUGAAACGUGAGGAGCAAUUGAAGGUUGGCAAUACAGUUGAAGUAAUUGAACAAGCAAAGAUGAGAAUCACAAAGCCCUCUGAAGAUCACAAUGGACUUGAUCAAGUGUGGCAAGGUGCUAGUGGUAUACCUUUGGUAGCCGCUGAUGUGAAACAUCCUGCAAUUAAGAUCAUAAAUACAGGCAGUGACACAGGGAUGAAGGCCAAAAAUAUCCGCAAGCGCCCUGGAGAGGAGCUGAACUUUGAGAAAUCUAUCAUGGGGGAGAGAAAGAAGAAAAGGAAGAAAGAACCAGGUUCAAAGGCAAGCCUGGAUUAUAAACCAAAACAUCUGAAAAGUGGAAGAGAUGGAGAAUCACGGAGAAAAUCUGCAGGAAAAUCCAUUGGCAUUGGUAUGGGUUCACAGAGAAAAGUUGAUGGGGCCAACGAUACCUUCCCUUCCAGCUCAGUGGUCGCUCCAUUAGUGGUUGAUAUGGAGAAUGCAGAUGUUGAUCUCCCACAAUUAGUGGAUGAUCUUUUGUCUCUCGCUCUUGAUCCCUUCCAUGGUGUAGAACAGAACAGCCCUGCUAUUGUACGACAGGUUUUCCUGCGGUUCCGAUCUAUUGUCUAUCAGAAAAGUUUGGUUCUGUUGCCCUCGACUGAAGCUGAUACUUCUGAGCAAGGCAAUAAAUCUGCAGCUGGUACUGGUGCUCUAGAUAUUCCUCUUGGUGAUGAGGGAAACCAGCCUUCUGAUUCAAGGCCACCUAAGCAGCUGUUUAGAUCAGAAGAUCCCACAAAAGCCGGCCGUAAGCGUAGGCCCUCUGACCGCCAGGAAGAGAUUUCUGCAAAGAGGCUGAAGAAACUGAAGGACCUGAAGGCGGUGACAGAAAAAAAGGCUGGCAACUUGAAUAUUUCUGAUUUACAGCGAGACCGGAAAGAUGUUAAAGAUGGUGGUGUAGUAGUGCGAGCAAAGCCAAUGAAGCCAGUUUCUGUGAAGAAACUGGAGCCGCCCCUGAGGGGGGUGGCAGAGCCGACAAUGCUGGUUAUAAAAUUCCCCCCUAACACAACACUGCCAUCCAUUCCAGCGUUGAAGGCACGGUUCGCUCGCUUUGGGUCACUUGAUUACUCUGCCAUCCGUGUGCUUUGGAAGUCUUCGACUUGCCGCGUUGUUUUCAUGCACAAGUCCCAUGCACAUGCAGCAUACAACCAUGCAGUAAAGAAUAGUUCCCUAUUUGGGAGUGUGAAGGUGAAGUACUUCUUGCGUGAUUUGGAAGUACCAGCACAGGAGUCGUUUGAUUCGGUCAGGUGGCGAGAAGAUACUGGCGAUGAGCCCUUACAGUUCAGGGUCCCAUCCAUGACUAAUUCAGCCGGAGAGCCUAGGCAAGCAGCUUUUCUGCCACGGCUACCUCAACCCUCCGUCCAGCUGAAAUCGUGUCUGAAGAAGCCAAAUGGUGAUGAGUCAGGGCCAACCGUGGGUGUUCCAAGGGAGAGCCCACGUGUAAAAUUCAUGUUAGGAGGGGAGGAAAGUAGUAAAGGAGAGCAGUUGGUGGUUAGUAGUAGCAUCAACAACAAUGGUAGUAAUGCAGAUGGUGGUGCAUCUUCUCUUGCAAUGGGUGUUAAUACUAAUAGAAAGAACUUUCAAAAGGUCGUUUCUCCACUGCCUCCUCUCCUUCGUUUUCCCCCUUGUAGUAUUCUGGAUGCGCAUGAGAGUCGUACAGUUGCGCAAUUACCCAAAUACCAUCAUCUGCACGAUAGCAAAGUAGAGACAAGGAACAACCUCCACAACUUCGUCACCACCACCACCACCACCAUCACAAUCUCUGCCACCAACAUUGACAUCUCCCAUCAGAUGUUAAGUCUUCUGAUGAGGUGCAGCGACAUAGUAACCGACGCGAAAUCCUCGUUAGGAUAUGUUCCUUACCACCCUCUUUGAUGGCAACUGGUGCCGAUUGGGUAAUAUAAACAUGCUUGGACUACCGUGUUGGUUGCUGCGUGCGGCCUGCGAAGUUGUAACAUAACACAAGAAGCCUUGGGGGGAGGCCUUCUAGGCCAUGUUUCCGUUGGGAGCAUCUGUAGUUUAAAUUAAA